AUGAGCAGAUUGUUAGAAAGCGGUCUGAUACACGCGGGCAAGCAUUCAUGUGCAGUCUGUCAGAAAGUAGGCUGUCCACACACCCCUGGGCGACCACCACUUAGACUUGUGACUCGCGUGUUACACUCAACCCUUCUACCUCCUCCGUCGGCCUCCUCUCUCUCUUCCUCUUACUCCCUCUCCCUCCCUUCCUCUCUUUCUCUCCGCUGGUGGACAGGAGGAGCCCCUCCUCACUCACUAGCCCUCCACACCCUACUGACCACCUUUCUCAUCAUUUAGUGACCGAUUGCGAUUAUCUCCAGUACAUACACACGCGCUCACUCGCUCGGCGGCCUGAAUGAUGCCUCGCUCCCCGCUCCUCUGAAAGGCGGCAAGAACCUCUCCUGGGAGGAAGAAGUGGAAGGAAGACUUAGUUAGCAGGAGGAACUUUUGCCUGGGAUGAGCAACCGCUGAGUUUCAUAGCGCUUGACCAAUCUUUUGACCUCGCGAGCUAUAUCAUAGACUGGCCGCCAGAGCCGCUGCUCCUGGCUAACACUCGGCCUACCCACGUGCUUUUGGUGCUCCUCGAAAAUCGGCUACGAUACAGAAAGAAAACGGAGAGUGUUCUCUAUGUGAAGUGGCAAACAAAUCAUGUUGUUCUGAUUAACUUCCUGGCAAUUUUCUUACUGAUCAUGUCGCGUCAUUUCUUCUAAGAAUUUUUGCCGAGAUGAAAGUGGUUCGAGGUCCGCGGUUCGCGUAAAGACCUCGCCAGAGACACAAGUACCGUCGUGAAAGUAAAGUUGAACAGUUUCAUCGUCAAUUGACUGGUCGAUCUCCGUGAACGGAACUUGCAUCUAUCAGUUCCACCGGAAGCCGUGUGUGCAAGAGAAACCCCGACAACCCUUGAGACGUCACUCAACGUCACCCGCAGCCGGUGGGCGCCCCCAGCACGAGCGAGAGACCAAGAUGUUCAACCUCUCCGAACUGGGGACCCUGGAGACGGCCUCCAUGGCCUCUCCGACGACUUCCCUCACAUCCACCUCCGCCUCCAGCACCACCACCACCGCCUCCAAGACCGACGAUCACGUCAAGAGGCCGAUGAACGCCUUCAUGGUUUGGUCUCGCAUCCAGAGGAGGAAGAUCGCGCUCGAGAAUCCCAAGAUGCACAAUUCGGAGAUUUCGAAGCGCCUCGGGGCCGAGUGGAAGCUGCUCAACGACAACGAAAAGCGACCCUUCAUUGAUGAGGCCAAAAGACUAAGGGCUCAGCACAUGAGGGACUACCCGGAUUACAAAUACCGACCACGCAGGAAGCCCAAGACGCUGAAGAAGGAUGGAUACCCCUACAGCUUUCCUUAUCUUCCGACAGCACUAGACCCUCUAAGGGGGCCACAACUUGUCUACGAUUUUGGAGGGUACUUGACAUACGGGUAUGACAGGUACGACAAUACACUGCCACGACACACCCCAUCGGGCGACCUGCCACCAGCCUGCCAGACCGCGAUGUCCCGUGGAAUGUAUCAUCCCCAUUUCCCUCCUUCCCUAACCCACAUGACCGCUGCUAUGGGCAGCAUGGGUGCCAUGGGAAGCAUGGGCGCCACCCUCCCUUCCCACACGCCCACAGACUACCAGGCGACGCUGGAUUCUGAGAAAGUUCGGGCGGCCUUCUUACCCACAUCAUUAGGCAGUCUUGGCGCCUUCCAGUCCCACGCCCUUUACACUUCAAUGGCAGCAGCUCAGCAGAAUACCCACCCACACACUCCCACACCCACAACUCCGGACAGUACGCCUCCUGCCCACACCACUCUCAGCACUCCCAUAGCGGCUCCUGUUGCCAAACUUCCACAGCCUCCUCAGGAGGAUCGACGUACAUCCCCACCUGUGUCCACAGUAAGUUCGUCACCAUCCUACGUUCCCCCGUCUCCGUUCUCAGCCCUCUAUUCGACACCAAGCAGCCUGGCACCCGCCCAUCCGUUGCUCUACCCAGCCCAGUAUCCACCCAUUACCACGCCCACACAGGACUUACGACGACCCUUGUCCGUCCUCUUCUCUUAAACGACAUGCUUACCUACCGGUUGUAUCUUAACAUCAUUCCUUGAAUGAGGGAAAUCAAUUUAUGUCAUGUGGUUUCAUUAACAUUGCAUUUAGAAGCGCAGGGAUAUGAAGAUGAAGGUGGGAAGUCAUCACAGUUGAUGGACGAUGUGGAUUGCGGUGGAAGGCUGCUGUCUGACCUCCUCUCCCGAAAAAUCUGCGGCGAAGAAGAAAGAGGCAGUGAUAGGCCGUAGCAAUGAAUUUCCCGGCUUACGUGUCAUGUUUUUAUUAAUAUUUUUGUCUUUAUUGACAUUUUGUGUAUGUUUAUGUGACUGGGUGAUCACGCGUGAAGUAUGUGUGUGAGUGUGACAUGAAUUCUAAAGAUACUGAUAAUGAGUCGAAAUGUUCAUGCAAACAAGUUUAACCGCUUAAUGAUUCACGCUCAUGGCUUUAGUUGGAAAGAGAUGAUGGGAUGUCUGGGUAACCCAAGCCAAAAACGUUGUUGUCUUACAGUGAGAAUACCAUUGCAAUUUCUUUCAUUACAUCCGUAUCAGAACAGUUAUUGCCUGUAAAUGUGUAAUUCUGUGAUGUUCGUUCUAUGAUUUGUAAAUAAAAAAAAAAGGUGAGUCGUGCGACAUUCACAAAGCUAAUAUUAUCUACCCCGGCACAGUCCUCCCCUUACUCUUAAAGUGACAUGUGGCAUUCGUUGAAAUGGAAGAAGUUGUGAUUGAUACAUCGCGCCUGUGAAGAGUUGUAGGCCGUGGGGCAAACAUUGUAUAGCAUAUAAUAUGAGAUGAAGAGUUGUAGGCCAUGAGGCAAACUUUGUAUAGCAUAUAAUAUGAGAUGACGGAAACUCAGUCAGAUAAGUUGCCAGGUAUCCAUAAUCAAGUGAACCUCUACCCAAAGUUACAGAUCUCCGAGAUCUUCUUGCAACGUGGGUGCAGUCUUAGCUUAUAAAAUUAGGAGACUUUAGGUGGACAAUUGGGGAAUCAGUAACCAAGUGUACCAGAAACCGGUGUUCUAUAAAUAUGACAUCUGCCAAACACUCCCAUUGUAGCCUAAUCUUUCAAUAUGUCGCCAUACGUAACUGUUUUACCUGUACAGGUGUUGAUGUCUCUCUCUUAGUUUACAGUCGGGUGUACAUAGGGUGGUGGGGACUCAAUCUUCUUCUCUUUGUUGCUUAGUUCAUUCUUAAGAAAAGCUUUAUAGAGCAGUUCCCUUUGCCAGGAAAACUAUUAUUGUUAUGUACCGGACCAAAGAUAAGAUGCCCAUUGUUGAAUAAUUUAUGGUAAACCCUUUGUUUCUAUAAAUAUUCUCAUAUACAGAAAUAAAAGUCGUUAGUAUGGUUGAAUUAGUACAAACACUUUCAAUCUUAACUCUAAAUCUUGUGUUUGUGUUUGUACAUCCAUGUAUAUACUGUAACAUAACACAAACUGGGUUGAUGAAAUUAAAAAUAAACUUAACCAAAGAUUUUAAAAAGGAAUUAAGUUUCCAUAAAGGUUUAUCGAUGACAGUCUUAUAGAAACAAUAAGAUAACUUAUCUCAAGUAAGACCAUGAAAAAUAUGAAGCGUGGGCUGACAUCAAAUAGGGCAAAGUGAAUCAUGUUCCCAGUGGGUGCCAUGAUGUGCCCUGGCUGGUGUUCUUGCGUCUUGGGAUGGCUGGCUGGGUCCUAGUUCAGUGUCCCAUCUGGCUGACUAGGAGAAUCUGGCUCCUGGAUAAUCCACGACUUUUAUCUUCAUUCAAAGACUUCUCGAAUUUCACGUUCAACAGUAAGUAUAAUGGCUACGAGGAAACCCAAUGCAAUGCAGUAUUUCAACAUGGCAAUAUGGAUACACAAAUCUUAUCUGGUUAUCUCUUACUUAUCAUU